CCACCCACCCACUCUCUUCAAUCUCAGAGCCCUCCAUAAAAGCUCAACUUUUCUUUUCUUCUUUCUUUUUCUCGAUCUCCUCUUUCCUAAACCCUAAUAAUCUCCAGCGACAAAGUUCAUAAAGUGAAAAAGACUCAGGAUAUCUGGCCGGAAAAAGAAACCCAAAUCUCGAUUCCUUGUGUAUUCAAGCUUGUGGUCCAAGAAAAGAAACACAACAAAGAGAUAAGCGAGCUUUAUAUACCAUAUAGAUUCUUAGUUUUCAAACUUUGCAACUAUCACCAUCUCUUUGCAGCUAUGGAUUCCGGUAGCCUGCAGUCAUCGAGCGGUGGGGAGGAAGAGUAUGAUUCACGCGGAGAGACUUUUUUGAACAAUUUAGAUUUGGUCUCGCCAUCAUCAUCAUCGACUUCACAACAAGGACAGUUUUUGUCCCACUCGGGUUUAUUAUUUGAUCAUAACUUUCAGCAAUCACUAGCGUUAACAGCUCUCAAUUCCCAAUACAAUAAUGAUAAUAAUGCUCUUCUAUGGCCUCUGGGGAUGGGUUUAAGAACCCAACCCAAUAAUUAUGGUGGCCUAAGUUCUCAGCCUCUCUUGGAACAGCCAUUGGUGGAGACUACAAAUGUUGUGGGUCGAUCAAAUCAUUCUCCGCCGUCGGAUCAGCCACCGCUGCCUAAGAACCCCAAGAAACGGACCAGGGCUUCCAGGAGAGCACCCACCACGGUCCUCACCACCGACACCACUAACUUCCGGCAAAUGGUUCAAGAAUUCACCGGCAUACCGGCCGGUCCGUUCUCGGGUAGUGGCGGUGGGUCGCUUUAUUCUCGCCGCCUCGAUCUCUUCUCCACCGCCGGAUCCUCAGUGAGGACCGCCCAUUCUGACCCUCUAGGAACCUUUCACCACCACUCCUUAGGGCAGAAAGUCCAUAGUUUACCCCUCCACAAACUGUCAGGUCAGAAUGGGGACGAUUCCCCGUUUUGUCACAAGAAAGCAGAAAUGCCAUCCUUCAUUCCUUCCUCUUCCAACACAAAUUUUCAACUCUCCACAGAAGUUGGCCUUGGGAUCACAAAGCAACAAAGUAGUGCACUUUUCAACAUGGAAGAACAGAUCCUCACAUUCCAGCCUCUCCUACAAUCCUCACUCAAGAACCCAUUGGGGAAUCAUGAACCUAAUGAACCGGUUUUCGGGUCGAAAUCUCGGGGGAGUAACAGUCACCUGUCCGCCAUAGAUGGAUUGGGGAUAAGCCAUGAACAAGCAAGUGGGAGUCUUAGUGGGUUUCUAGGUCAAGGAAGUGCUAAUAAUUCUGAUCAAGCAAGAAACUGUUCAACUUCUUCUGCUCAUGAUAAGGGUUUGGAGAAUGCUGUUCGCUCAGGUGGUGAUGGAGAUGCUGGUUCUAGUUGGCCAUGUCCUAAUUAACAUUUCCAUUACAAGUAAUUACUGGUUAGGUUUCAUUCAUAUAUACAAUUAUCAUUGACACCUAGUUUUUAUUCAAUAUCUAAUGGUGUUUAUUCUAGAAAAUUUAGAGCAUGUUUGCUUGGAUGGAAAAUUGUUUUUUUAAGGAAUUCAAAUUCUUAAAAUUUGAUAGAGAAAAA